ACUAUAUCUCAAUUUACUUUUCCAUAGCCUGUACGUGUCUCUCCUUUCUGUUCGUCUUUUGAGUCAGGAAAAUCAGUCAAUAUGGAUUUGUAUGACGAUAUCUUCAACGAUCAACUAUUCCAAUUGAGUCCUUUGCGCUUCUCCUCGUCACCAGAACCAUUUGCUUCGUUGACGGAGUUUCUGCAAGACCCUCUUCUGGAAGAAACUGAAAAUAUGGAUGGAGAGGCUGUUGGAUUUAUCAAUAGUUCUGCUAUAACCGAAGCUAACCCCUCAAUGUGUAUGCUAUCCCCAAAUCUAGUCCCAUUUCCAGAGACAUUAACACUAGUGCAAAAUCAAUCAGAUCAUCAUUUUUUUCUGAAUCAAAACAUGUUGGAUUCUUUUGAGCAAGAGCCAGGUGUUUUUGCAAUGCCACAACAAUCAUUAGUAUGCAAUCCAAAUGGGUGUUUACAAGGAUACUUAACAAACGGACAAUUGGAUCAGCAAUCUUUGUUCAAUCGAAACACAAUGAAUCCCUUCCAGGAACCAAAUGACUCUACAAUGUUAGAAAAUGGACGACCAAUCGAAGAAGGAAACAGUGGAUAUGCACUUCCAGUGAUGACUCAAUCUUUUGAGUUACCAAAUCAUCUGCAAGAGCAGUUUUUAUCAUUACCUUCAUCACAAAGUUACCUGUCAGAACCGAUGUACGAGCACGGCCUAGUUGCUUCACCUUUCAACAUGUAUGACCAGCAACCGCCUACAUUAGUCUUACCUAACAGGAAAGACAGAGGUCUGGUCCCAAGUAUGGAUAAAAACUUGGCUAGGACAAACUCUGUACCGAAUCAGAUCUCUGUGACCCUUCCUCUGCCUCAAAUGCCAUCGAACUCUACAAGGAAUCAAGGAAAUGUGCAAGAGCGAGUAAAUCAGCCUACGCCAGGGAUUAGAUACCCUACCCUCGAAACCUAUGCUCGUGCACAAGGACUUCCAUGCACGAAAGCAUUUGCUCCCAUCGAUUUUAACGUUUUGGGGCGUCGACAAAGAAAUGACCAAAGUCGAUUUGAGCAUGGGGAAUCUUCUCAACGAAGGGUAUUAUUUUUCAAAAUAUAUACACAUAAAAGUUAUGCUACAUAA